UAAUAGCACUGCUUUGUCAGAGGGUCCAGUGUUUGAAGAAGAAGUUCAAUUUCCAUUUCCAAGAUUAUGUCGACUUGAUUAUUUGGAAGGUGAGGUGCAAUUCCUGGAUCUUCAUCAUCUGCUAAUCAAGUUUGGGAGUGUUGAUGGAGGAGUAUCACGAAGUGCUGAUCACCAUGCAUCAUUCUUUGCUGUAUACAACAUGGAGAUCGACAACUGA